AUGCCCUUAAAUGAAUCCAUAGAUGUGAAUUCAAAUGAUGUGAUUGAUUUAACAAGAACUUCUUCUCCCAGUAACGAUCCGCCGCAAUUAUCUGGUCAAACAGUAAUUGAUGUUGACGCUAUACCCGAUGACCCAUUCACGGCGACUCCAAUGGAAGAGCGACCGCAAAGGGGACGUAGUCGGCGUCGAAUUCGAAGACGUCGGAAUUUGGCAUCGGCAUCCAACCCAUUGUCUUACCUGGAAGACAUGGUGUACUUAGGUCCACAAGUCGUUUCCCGGAGAUCUUCCAGAGGUUCUCGCAGUCUACUUGAAAUAAUGACUCGCUCAUUUCCCGAACUAGGGUCAGCAAAUUCAAUGUCUCCAUCUUUAUUUGAAAUGCUUUUGGGUAGAAUGAGGUACGAUGGUUCUUAUUUUGGUCAAGAAGCCAAUGCUUCUGGUAGUAACGAUUAUUUCUCUGACUUUGUCCCUGAAUCAGAAACUCAAUCGCCUUCGAUCGAAGAACGAAGGGCAACUUAUGUUCCUCCGAAGCCUGCCACAGAGGGAUAUACGAGAAACUUUGGUUCUGAAACGACCAUAGCAUGCCCUCGCUGCCAUGAAGAACUAGGAAUUUCGAAAAGCAUUGAAAAGUCAAGUGUCUGGGCUACCAAAUGUGGUCAUGUUUAUUGUGGAUCCUGCUCAAAAGUGCUAAAAACAAGUCGACGGCCGGAGGCCAAAUGUACAGCAUUAGGAUGUAAUCGUUAUUUGAACACAAAAAAUGCAAUGUGGGAAUUGUACUUUUAG